CAGUCUGGAUUGAGGCUCGUCUUACCCGGCGUGCUUAGCGGGACAGCCAUGGCCGGCGUACUGAAGAAGACCACUGGCUUGGUUGGAAUAGCUGUAUCCCAGAAUCCACAUGAGCACUUGAAGUUAUUGUAUACAAAAAUCCUUGCUGCCCUGCAGACCAUUCCUAAUGACGCUGCCUACCGGAAAUACACUGAACAAAUUAUCAGUGAACGCUUUCAUGCAGUAAAGACCGAAGCCAACGUUGAGAAACUAGAGCAGAGGAUUAAUUGUGGUCAAAUUGAAGAAGUCAUUCAACAGGCUGAAAACGAGUUGUAUCUGGCAAGGAAGAUGUCUGAAUGGAAACCUUGGGAGCCUUUAGUUGAAGAGGCGCCUGAAAAUCAGUGGAAGUGGCCAAUCUAGAAUUCCACUCAUCUGUAAAUAUGUGUAUACAUUUGCAUGGGGAAGGCAUCUUAACAUAUUGUCUUUCAAGUUCACAAUAAAAAGGUCUGUCUAUCG